AUGCAGACCAUUUCGUGGAAAAAGGUUGUGGAGAAGAUUGAGCUGUUGAAGAACCAAAAUUUGGGGACUUCUGGUAAAGCUGCCACUAAAGGAAGCGCCAUUAACUCGCGACAGAAGCUGGAUAAACAUUCAAUUGCCAAUCGAAUCAUGCGCAAGGAGAACUACCUAGUUGCCAUGAUCAAUAAAGACAUACUUGACCUUCGUGUGCCACUACCAUUUCUCCGCAAGAAGCAGUUUUUCACCAGGACUUUAGAAUGGAACUUGAGUCUAUGCAUUAUGGAUUACGCAUUCAACGAGCAGGGAGAGCUGAGACCGAUUUUUCUUCGUGAGUCUCAGAGAAGGUUACUCUCUGAUGGACUAAGAAGAAGGUUCUUGUUUGCGGGAAUAAUGAACAUUUUAUGUGCUCCUUUUAUUAUUGCAUACCUUACACUGCUGUACUUUUUCCGAUACUUCAAUGAGUACCAUCGUGAUCCCAGUGCUAUUGGCACUAGGCAGUAUACGCCGUUAGCAGAAUGGAAAAUGCGUGAGUUGAAUGAACUGUCUCAUUUGUUCCAGAAUAGACUCAAUAUGAGUUAUCCUGCCGCUUCGAGAUAUAUCAACCAGUUUCCGAGAGAAAAAACGGUCUCUGUGCUGAGGUUUGUAGCGUUUGUAUGUGGCUCUUUUGCUGCUGUCUUGGGUAUAAUCUCACUUGUCGACCCCGAAUUGUUCUUAGGAUUUGAGAUAACCAAGGAUCGCACAGUGCUCUUUUACAUUGGAAUUUUUGGUAGUAUUGUCGCUAUUAGCCGGAGCAUGAUUCCUGACGAAACAUUGGUGUUUGAUCCUGUGACAAGCAUGAUGUACGUGGCUGAGUUCACUCAUUACUUACCGAAAGAAUGGGAGGGAAGGCUUCAUUCCGAUUCUGUCAAGGCCGAAUUUGCAGCUAUGUAUGAUUUGAAAAUCAUGAUCAUCUUGAACGAAUUGGCUAGUGUCAUCAUUGCUCCAUUCAUUUUGUGGUUCUCGCUUCCCAAUAGCUGUGAUAGGAUUAUUGAUUUUUUCCGUGAAUUCUCAGUACAUGUCGAUGGACUGGGUUAUGUCUGUAGUUUUGCUAUGUUCAAUUUUGACAGGGUUCAGAAAAAAAAUGGAGUAAGUAUCGGGUAUACCCAUGGCGGUUUUUACCGGCUGAGACAAGGUGACUAA